AGGUUUAAAAAAAUCUGAGAAAAUCGAUCAACAGAGUAAAAGUAGAAUAAAUUCGUAACAAAUUCUCACGUAAAAAAUCUUACAUAAAAACUUCUCUGACAAGUACAAUUCAUCCCACGAAGUAAAUGUAGCAUUACUAUCUACUUUUGCCUGUGAUUAGUUUUAGAGCGUGGGUGAGUACAAGACGAUGUUCUUAAUAUUUAUUUUGCGAUUCGGAGUCCGACUGACUGAUUUCCGCCAUGGUGACGAAGCAGGACAGGUAAGCCGACACCGGCCGCCAUAUUGGGAAGUACAGGAAGUCAACGCAAGAGAGCGAGCGAAGGGGGAAGGCGGAACAGACAAAACAGAGAGGGAGAGGGGGCGGCAGAUAGACUACAAUAGUGACAGACGAGUGUUACAUGUGAGAUCUCGGAAAGGAGGAGAAGGGCGUCCUCGAUUCCGUUUCUCAUGUCCGUCCGUCCCGAGGAAGGGGCGGACUCGGCGCCACUCCACACCCGCGGAUAGGUAGCAUUCCCUCGGCUCAAGCGCUCCGCGGCGGGUCGGCGUCAUCCGGCCAAGUGACGCGUAACUAGCUUCACAUUUUGCCGAGAGGCCAAAGGAAGGCGAAAGAAAAGAAGCGAGGGCGGCUGUACUGCAGGUCCCGGCACACGGAAGGGGAAGUGAAAUCGGGAGGGAGAGAACCGGGGCAAGUCGAGGCAGAGGAAGGACAAGAUGCCGCUGGCUCAGCUGGCAGAUCCCUGGCAGAAGAUGCCGCUGGGGGGCACGACGGGGGAGGAUGCUCCGAACGACCUGGACGACUCUGUGGGCGAGGAUGACGGCGUGUCGCACUGCAACGAUGACGUCCCCAUCAAGGAGAUUAGCAUCACUCACCACGUGAAGGAAGGAUGCGAGAAGGCCGACCCCCGGCAGUUCGAGCUGCGCAAAGUCCUGGGACAAGGCUCCUUUGGCAAGGUGUUCCUGGUGAGGAAGGUUACGGGCCCUGACGCCGGCCAACUGUAUGCCAUGAAAGUUCUCAAGAAAGCGACACUAAAAGUGCGCGACCGGGUCAGGACAAAGAUGGAGAGGGACAUCCUGGUGGAAGUCAAUCAUCCCUUCAUCGUCAAACUGCACUACGCCUUCCAGACGGAGGGGAAGCUCUACCUGAUCUUGGACUUCCUGAGAGGGGGAGACCUCUUCACCAGGCUUUCCAAAGAGGUGAUGUUCACAGAGGAGGAUGUGAAAUUCUACCUGGCAGAACUGGCGCUGGCUCUCGAUCACCUUCACGGCCUCGGAAUCAUCUACAGGGACCUGAAGCCCGAGAACAUCCUGCUGGAUGAGGACGGACACAUCAAGCUGACAGACUUUGGCCUGAGCAAAGAGUCCAUCGACCACGAGAACAAGGCGUACUCGUUCUGCGGGACGGUGGAGUAUAUGGCCCCGGAGGUAGUCAACCGGCGGGGGCACACGCACAGUGCCGACUGGUGGUCGUACGGCGUGCUGAUGUUUGAGAUGCUGACCGGCACUCUGCCGUUCCAAGGCAAAGACCGCAAAGAGACCAUGACCAUGAUCCUCAAGGCCAAGCUGGGAAUGCCGCAGUUUUUAAGUUCCGAAGCCCAGAGUCUUCUCAGGAACCUUUUUAAGCGCAACCCGUCCAACCGAUUAGGCGCCGGUCCCGACGGUGUGGAGGAGAUCAAGAGGCAUCAGUUCUUCAGCACCAUCGACUGGAAUAAACUCUUUCGCCGAGAGCUGCCGCCUCCCUUCAAGCCGGCGGCCGGCCGACCCGAUGACACCUUCUACUUUGACCCCGAGUUCACCGCUAAAACGCCUCGCGACUCUCCGGGAGUGCCGCCCAGCGCCAAUGCCCAUCAGCUCUUCCGAGGAUUCAGUUUUGUGGCAAUAACAGAAGAAGAAACGCAGCCGAUGCCAAACGCCAUCGUUCAGCAGCUCCACAGAAGCACGUCUCAGUUUUGCGACGCCUACGAUGUCAAAGAGGAAAUCGGCGUGGGCUCCUACUCCAUCUGCAGGCGCUGCGUGCACAAGGGCACCGGCAUGGACUACGCCGUCAAGAUCAUCAACAAAGCCAAGCGGGACCCCACGGAGGAGGUGGAAAUCCUCCUCAGAUACGGCCAGCACCCCAACAUCAUCACACUCAAAGACGUGUACGACGACGGUCGCUCCGUCUUCCUGGUGACGGAGCUGAUGAAGGGCGGAGAGCUGCUGGACAAGAUCCUACGGCAGAAGUUUUUCUCCGAGCGAGAGGCCAGCGCCGUUCUCUUCACCAUCGCCAAAACGCUGGAGUACCUUCACGUGCAGGGGGUGGUGCACCGAGACCUGAAGCCCAGCAACAUCCUCUACGUGGACGAGAGCGGCAACGCCGAAUCCAUCAGGAUCUGCGACUUCGGCUUUGCCAAGCAGCUAAGGGCGGAGAACGGCCUGCUCAUGACACCGUGCUACACCGCCAACUUUGUUGCUCCCGAGGUUCUCAAGAAGCAGGGUUACGACGCAGCCUGUGACAUCUGGAGUCUUGGAGUGCUUCUGUAUACCAUGCUAAUAGGCUUCACUCCGUUUGCUAACGGCCCAGAGGACACGCCAGAGGAGAUUUUGGCCCGAAUCGGCAGCGGGAAGUUCACGCUGACCGGAGGAUACUGGAACUCUGUCUCUUCUGAGGCCAAGGACCUGGUGUCAAAGAUGCUGCACGUGGACCCCCACCAGCGGCUAACGGCCGGUCAGGUCCUGCGGCACCCGUGGGUCACGCACCGAGACCAGUUGCCCAAAUACACGCUCAACAGACAGGACGCGCCGCACAUCGUCAAGGGAGCGAUGGCGGCCACGUACUUGGCCCUGAAUAGAAAAGUCCCGCCGGUUCUGGAGCCGGUGGGCUGCUCCACUUUGGCGCAGCGGAGGGGAGUGAAGAAGCUGACUUCCACCGCUCUGUGACGUCCAGCAUCCCAAUCUCCCUCUCCUCCCAUCAACUCUGACCUCUAGCUGACCCUUGGACAGACUACUGAUGGAAUCCAGGAAGCGCCGAUGCCCCCAAAAAAAGAGCACACAGAGGCCGCCGCCCUCUUGCACACUCAACGGACUCUUCCGAUUGGACGGCUGGCGACGUUCUUCCCGGCAUCAACUUCUGUGGAUUUUUGCUUUGGACAAUCAGAACAGGAAGCGAGCGCCUGUGUACAUAAAGCUCAGCCCUGGGAAACACGAUCAUUACACAGAAGCAUUUCAAGACGUAAGAUGCUUUGAUUUUAACUUCCCUGUCUCGUCACGUCACAUAAACAUUUGUGAUUGGUCGCAUCCCAAAGAAGAAUAGAAACAAACGUCUUCUGUUAGUUUUGUCAACUUGGUGACAAAUCCUGCAAAUUGUUUGGCUGCGCUGUCUCUGGUCCUCUUUGUAAAGCCGUUUGCGUGUUUAUUCAAUAUCCAGCUUGCGGUACAGGUACUAGUCGGCUCUUUGUCCUCUGAAGUGGACAAUUCGUUCCACUAGUAGGAUGACUCACUGGUAGUAUGAGCAGCUAAUCUUUACACUAUCGGUAUUUUGGAGAUGAUCAGCGAGUUAAAAAACAAGAUAACCGAUUUGCUGAACAAUCGAUCGCUACUUUUCGCUGAGAUUUUUAGCACGCAUGUAGCCAAAAUUUGCAUAUACUGUAGUUGAUUCCCAGUGAAAUACAUUGCUGAUUUU